AGUCACAGCCACAUCAGAGCACUAACUCCCAUACUUUCACUCAGAAUGCAGAAAUACUUCUUGUAACGUAGUAUCGCUACAGUUUCGUAUUAGUAACUUCACUUGAACGAAAAAAUCUAUUACCACUGCAGGAGUCCUCCUCCAGUCCUGCAGGGCGGCGGUAAUGAAACAACGGACAUGAAGCAUUAAACAACACAAGAAGAAGAAGCUCUGCUGCGUUCAUGUAGUUUCGGAAAGAUGAUCAGUCAUUGCGUAGGGAGUUUUGACUCAGUAUUAGAAGGUGUUUAGUCCUGGUAUUAAUCUAAAAAUCACCCUCAAUUCGCUUCUUUUUGUCUUACAUUUUGAAGCAGUCAUUUACAAAGUGAGGCCAGAUACAAACAGUCUGUAGCUCGCUCAUUUAUGUUAAUAUUAGUUUUUAUAUUGAUAUAGCCGCCGGGAAUGAAGCAUAAUUUAUUGACACGUGUAUUGGAAAUGUUAUUAGCGUCUGAAAUUCGUAAUAUCAUUGCUAACGUGGACGUUAUUCCUUUUUAGAUUACAUAUAGUUACGGUUUACGGAUACGACAAUGAAUGCAGCAUGUGUGUCAUUGGUUGUUUGAGAAGCAUGGCAUUUGAAUGGGAACAGGAAGACGUUUAUUAGUUAGCUCGCUAGCUAGGAGGUCGCUAAUUUCAUUUCUUUCUCUUUUUUUCUUGCAAUCACUCAAAAAAAAAAAAAUAGUUUGAAUCACAGAUUUUAAUCCGCUGUUGACAUGAAGUUUCAAGCCCGAAAUACAUUAAGGACAUGACGCUGAAAUAAACAUCUGUCCUAAGAGGCAGGAAUCAGUCUGAUGAGGGGGCACCUACAGCUGGCAGGAUGCAGCAGAAAAGGAACAUCCAAAUCAUCGAGUGGGAGGACCUCGACAAGAGGAAGUUCUACUCUUUUGGGGUAUUUAUGACGAUGACCAUCCGGGCCACCGUCUACCCGGCGACCCUCAUCCGCACUCGGCUGCAGGUGCAGAGGGGCAAAUCCCUCUACAGCGGCACCUUUGACGCCUUCUUCAAGAUCCUGCGGGCGGAGGGUGUACGGGGCCUGUAUCGUGGCUUCAUGGUCAACACCUUCACUCUCAUCUCAGGCCAGGCUUACAUAACCACCUACGAGCUGGUGAGGAAGUACGUCUCCCAGUAUUCCGAGGACAAUACGGUCAAGUCGCUGGUGGCGGGCGGCUCGGCCUCCCUCGUUGCUCAGAGCAUCACUGUUCCCAUAGAUGUUGUCUCUCAGCAGCUGAUGAUGCAGGGCCAAGGGGAGCACCUCACCCGCUUUCGACUCAAUUCUAACACAGAAACUGAAAAGCCCAAAAAAGUGUUUGGCCAAACGAGGAACAUUAUGGCUCAGAUUUUUGCUGCCGAUGGUUUUCGGGGCUUCUACAGGGGAUAUGUGGCUUCUCUACUCACUUACAUCCCAAACAGUGCUGUCUGGUGGCCUUUCUAUCAUUUCUAUGCUGAGCAACUCUCUAAACUGGCUCCCAGCGACUGCCCUCAUCUUAUUCUACAGGCCAUGGCUGGACCUCUAGCUGCUGCUACUGCCUCAACUGUCACCAACCCAAUGGAUGUGGUCAGGGCCAGAGUACAGGUUGAAGGGAGGACUUCAGUCAUUGAGACAUUCAGACAGCUGAUCAAAGAGGAAGGCUUCUGGGGAAUGACCAAAGGACUGUCGGCACGCAUCAUUUCAUCCACACCCACUGCCAUCGUCAUGGUGGUCGGCUACGAGACACUAAAAAAACUGAGUUUGCGACCUGAGCUGGUGGAUUCAAGACACUGGUAGAGGACACCAGGACAGGUGAUAUGUGGACCAUGUGCCAUUUUAGCCCCAAAUUAGACUUCCUGUGAGAGCACUGGAUUAAAGAAAGGUUUGUUUUAAAUAACAACCUGGGAACAAAAUGGAAUCAGGCCACUUUAAAUACACUAUGUGUUUAAAUCAGUUUUUGACCAUUCAUACCAACCUGUUAGUAACAGAUUAAAAACCUGGCCGUUAAAAUUCACACCCAAGUUUGCAGUUUGUGUCGCUGCUUAACAGGGUUGUUGCUUUUUGGUGAAAAAUGAAAAUGGAGACUGCAGUAUUUUUAACACUGGAAGAUGCAGAAAAAAAGAUGCAACCUUAAAGGAUUAAUUUUUUAUACUUGGUCAACACACACUACAAUCAUUUUUAACAUCCUUGCAGUAAAGAAAAGUGGAAGUGAUUGUUGACAGACCAAUAGUUUGUGCUGUCCUACCAAAGCCAAGCAGUGCUGGGCCCACAUAAAAACCUGAUUUUAAUCAUGGUUUGGAGAAAGGUGAUAUGCAAGGUGCGAUCAAUAAGCUCAGAGACUACACCUACAACAACAAACCUGAUUCAAAUUUGCCUGCCCUCCCCUUCAAAGUAGUCACCUUGUGCUGCGAUGCACCACUCCCAGUAUUCAUGCCACACUUUGAAUACUUCCAGAAUGUCUUGUACAGAGUGACGAUUGUGUUGUUGUGGCCCACCCAGAUGUUGAUUGUGCGACUUAACUCAGAAUACUGAAUACUGACUCGCAUCUGAUGCAUGCACAUUACCAUGCCGCGUUCUGUUCAAUAGGAACAGUCUCAGGACUUAUUGAUGGCACUUUCUAACUCAUGAUGAUGCAUUCACAUCAACAGUUAGAGAAUCUCACCCAAGUUUUUGUUUCCUUUCACUCCCCAAACUAGCUUCUGCGUCUGUUCUGCAGUUCCUUUAUCUUGGCCUUUUUAAGUUGCUGCCUUCAUUAGUGUGAAAUCAAGACUAACAAUCUGGUUUUUGUGUUUAAAUGGCUAAUGUGCACAAACACAGAACAGUAGGUAUUAGAAUAUUUAAUGUCGCAGUUUUUAUGUUGUGGAUUGAUUUAUCUUGUAUGCUGUGCAAAGUGCAAGUCAAAAUAAAUACCUUUACAAAUUCCCUGCAAAACAUUAAACAUACAGCGCACCAUUUUAUCAGAAUUUUUGUAACAUAAUGCUUUGCUGUCUCAUUGGCAUUGUAGAAAACACUGCAGUGAUUAAGCUGGUUAAUAAAUGACUGAUUUGGUGCAGGUGAAGCAUUUCCAUUAAGGUGGGCUCCCAGUUAAAACCUGUGAGGCAAAGAUGAAUGAAUGAACAGAAAUUAUGCUGUUUUGCUACUGAGUGCAAUAAUGUAAAUGUUUUAUCCUUAUCAGCACAAAACAUGAUUGUAUAUUUCCUGUAAAUUGUGUGGAUGACAUGUCUUAAAAGAAUGCAUUUUACCUAAUUUAUUUUUUGUUUGCUUUUUGGGUUUCUUCAAGUUUUGACCACAGAUGUGUCUGAACUUCACAUUGUCAUGUUUGUUUUUAAUUUGUUUAACAUGAAUAACAUGGAGUUUUGUGGCUUAUGCAGUUUGUUGCUUUUUUAUCGCUGCUUUAGUGACUUUUUUGGGAAGUUAAUUAAUUUCUGAACUUUAAUGUCAGAUGUGGCAGAUUUUUACUUGUGACAUUAGAUGUUGUCACUGCAGCACUGUAUUUUAAUCAUAAAGAAAGACAAACUGUAAUUGUUUUAGUUUGAUUGGAAGCAAAUUCCUAAAUCUGAAAGUUUGUUUAGAUGAAGCCAUAAUGUUUUAUUAAAUGAUAUAUAAAUUUGCUCAGGUCCUGGCAAGAUGUGUUAUAAACAUUCAAGGGAUACCUGAUUCACUUGCAGUUAAGUAUUAGUUUUUCAAACACAUUUUCUUCAGGGUAAUUAUCAUCUUUUAAAGGCUCGUGGGAGAGAAAGGAAUCUGUGUAAACUUCUGUGUCAAGAUCAACUACAGUCUGAAAUUAAUUUUGCACUUUGCACAGCUUUUGUUAAUUCUAAAAGUGUGAUUCUGUUGUCAGUGAUUCACAGAGAUAAAGUCCUCUGUAGUAAACCAGAACCCAAGUGUUGUGUACAUGUAGUUUCACAUUAUGUGUUGUCUCACUGUAACUUGGUUCAUCUGGUCAAUAAAACACCACGACUA